GGGCAGGUAUUAUAUACCAAAUAUGGCGAACAGGUAAACAACGAAUUAACACCAGUGGGAGAGUUAAUGAGGUGUUUUCGUGAGAGAAAAAUUCGAUCCGCCUACAAAACAGACAGAUAACACAGUACUAUGGCAGCCUUGAACUCAGACGGGUUUUCUGACAACUUUGAUGGAUCUGAAUUCAAUGCCCACAAGAAAGUCCAAUCCUCAACAGAAAAUCUUGGGAUGUCUGAAGGUUUCGACAAUCCAUGCUUAGAUAUAGAGGAUGGUACAGACAAUUCGCCUGCCACUCUUCCCGUCACGCAGGAAGAUAUUCAUAUUGACACCACUCUACGAAGUCAUGAAAAUCCCAACUCCACGCCGGCCACCACGUCAGUUCCUAUGAUGACGUCACUUCCUGUUCUGUAUACCACGGAAACAGGGGGUGCAAAAGUGGUUAAAGAGCAGAUUAUAAUUGGAAAUUCUAAAGGAAAUGUUAUUCAAACACAACGGACAUGUCGCCAAAAUAUUCCAGAAAGAUGGCGGGACAUAGAACGUCAAAAACCACUGACCCAGAAACGAAUCAAAGUUUUGAAAAUAUUGAGUAUUGUAGCGUUGAUUCUCUUUUUCCCAUUAGGAAUCCCCGCCGUUCUCUUCGCAUUUAGACUGCAGAAGACCUUAAAUGAAGGCAUCAUGCAGGGUAAUAUAGAUAAAGCAAUAAGUUUGGCAAAGCGGGUAGAGAGACUCAUCAUCUUUGCCGGGCUCUUUGCUCUGUUGACGGGGAUUUUAGUUUUUGCAGUAGUUGAGAGAGCGCACAUGACUGAGGACGAACUGAGGGCAAACACGAGAAACAGGAUAAUGCCGGGUUAAGCACAGCUGCCUAACUGAACUGAGAUUCUGCUACAAGUAAUAUAUAUAUUCAUUAGCUAUUUUGUAAUAAGAUGCAAUACACAAAACAACAAGUAGAAGUGAUUUCUCAAGUGCCAAACAUUUCAGCGGCUACUGUAUUUUUUGGCAAAUCAAUUGUAGCCGUGUAUUUGUUUUUAUUUUCCCCCUGAAUCUCAUAAUUUAUCUAUGUUCUGUUACUAUGGAGAUUCAUUGCUUUGUCUUGACCUUUUUCAUGUUUUUGUCAUUUCUCCUAUAAUUUUAAGCUUUGGGAGAUUGCAUUUUGUACACAGACCUAGAUCUGUCAAUAGAGUUUUAUAUUUAGAAUCUCGGAAUAUGACUGCAUAUUUUUAUGCACUAUAUGUAAAUAGGCAGUGUCAAGGCUAAAUCCCACAGAUACAUCAUAAAAUAGAAGGGGAAAAAACCACAGACAUAACUUUUUUUCUUUUGAUUUUUUGUAAAUUGAUUUUGAAGUGCUGAUAUUGCAAGCAGACAAUAGGAAAUUUUUUGGAUUUGCAUCAGAUGUCAGUUUUAGAUGACAGGGUAUGUUUUUGUUAUUUCACCAUACUCCUGGAAUCUGAAUGGGUCUUAUAAUACAGACAAUGCUCUUUAUAGUGUGUUAUGUUACCACAUAUUUUGACAAGGACACACAAGCGGAACGAACACAUGUAUGUAUUUAAUCAAAUCUUUAUAUAACUACACGUAUGAUAGACUGAUUAUUGUUAUAUAACUACACGUAUGAUGGACUGAUUAUUGUUAUAUAACUACAGGUAUGAUGGACUGAUUAUUGUUAUAUAACUACACGUAUGAUAGACUGAUUAUUGUUAUAUAACUACACGUAUGAUGGACUGAUUAUUGUUAUAUAACUACAGGUAUGAUGGACUGAUUAUUGUUAUAUAACUACACGUAUGAUGGACUGAUUAUUGUUAUAUAACUACACGUAUGAUAGACUGAUUAUUGUUAUAUAACUACACGUAUGAUAGACUGAUUAUUGUUAUAUAACUACACGUAUGAUGGACUGAUUAUCGUUAUAUAACUACACGUAUGAUAGACUGAUUAUUGUUAUAUAACUACACGUAUGAUGGACUGAUUAUCGUUAUAUAACUACACGUAUGAUAGACUGAUUAUCGUUAUAUAACUACACGUAUGAUGGACUGAUUAUCGUUAGGAUUUCAUUUUUUUCUUGGGGAAAUUGAUUUUAAAGUUCGAUUUCAAUCAGAAAAUGAAAUUCAGCACGAAAAUAAGCGCGAUACAUGUUAAUAAAUUUAUAAAUAAGCGCGAUACAUGUUAAUGAAUUUAUAAAUAAGCGCGAUACAUGUUAAUAAAUUUAUAAAUAAGCGCGAUACAUGUUAAUGAAUUUAUAAAUAAGCGCGAUACAUGUUAAUGAAUUUAUAAAUAAGCGCGAUACAUGUUAAUGAAUUUAUAAAUAAACGCGAUACAUGUUAAUGAAUUUAUAAAUAAACGCGAUACAUGUUAAUGAAUUUAUAAAUAAGCGCGAUACAUGUUAAUGAAUUUAUAAAUAAGCGCGAUACAUGUUAAUGAAUUUAUAAAUAAUCGCGAUACAUGUUAAUAAAUUUAUAAAUAAUCGCGAUACAUGUUAAUAAAUUUAUAAAUAAACGCGAUACAUGUUAAUGAAUUUAUAAAUAAGCGCGAUACAUGUUAAUGAAUUUAUAAAUAGUAUAGCAUUUUUAAUGAGUGAUGUGUACAGGUAUUUGCUCUCCCAAUAUUAAUGUCUAAAGAUUUCUUCAGAUUGGAAGUUCACAAAAAAGAUAUAAACAUUUAUAUGUCAGUUUCAUAAAUUUUCGAUGGGGUCAAAGUUUAGUAGUCUGACCCAAAAAGAAAUUCUUAAAGUUUUGAAACAGAGUAAUGUUUAUCCCACAAUAACGGUGAAAUGAGAGUCCACGAACAUUAAUUAAAUAUUCACAGUUCAGUGAUAAUUCACUACGGGUACACACAGAUUGCAUGUCAUUGACGUCUAAAUGUUUAACUUCAAUGUUGCACUAACUUUUCCAGGUUAAACACACAGUGAUUUAUCGAACUUGAUUUUUUUUUAAAAUAAGAUUUAUUUUCAUGUUGUAAUUGAAUUAACCCUGUUAGACAAUGCUAACACUGACACGCCACAUUCAAACACGUGCCAAAGCAUCGUCAAAUUAGUGCACGCCAAUACAAUUUCUUACACUCAACUCUCAGGGCCUGAUCUUCAAUGAAGGUUAAUAUAUUGGGUUUUUUCGUGUUCACUAGCGACCAGUGAAUUAGUUAUGAACGUCUAUUUAAAGCAAUUAAAGUUUAGCGUAGAGUGUUUUGUUAUAUGUGAUACUCAAUAUUUGAUAUUAUGCAUGAUAUACUUGUCCAGAAGCACAGUAUUGAUAAAUUUAGAUUGUCUGUUCGUUAUAUGUAAUUGUAUGUACAUUAAAUACAGCAUAUGAAA